GAGGUUACAAUUUCAACUUGUUUUUAUAAGUUAAGUCAACUUAUAAGUCAAAACUUAAAAUAAUAGGUUGAAUUGACUUGCAAAACCAAGUUGUUUUAACUUCAUGCUUCAUUAUUUUUUUACAGUGUAAUACAAUGCGGUGGUGUAUCUGUUCAGGAAUGAGGAAGUUUUCAUAAACAAGUGAAGAAGGAAGCAAGUUCAUAUAUCGGUAAAUGACACUGACAUUCAGCUGUUGGGCUUGAAAUGUUACACAGGUUGUUUCUGUUUUGUGCUCUCAUUGCUAUUUGGUGUUUUUCACGAGCUCAAGAAACUAAACAUUUAUUCCGUCAGCUGACGUACUGCCAUACAGUCAUGAUGGAUGCGGCAUAUGAGCUGGAGUUUGAUGGAGAGGAACUUUGGCACGUGGACCCUAAAGAGUAUUAUGCCAGAAGACGUUUGCCAGAGUUUUCGGCAGAUUGGCCCCUUGAUCGUGACCUGCCGUCUCUGGCUCAUUACUCCAUCGGCACCUGUUUCUAUAAUGUUCCUCGCUGCAUGAAAGGAGAAAAUUAUCCAGCAGAAUCCACUGUUCCUCCAACCUCGCUGUUGUACGCUAAGAAUGACGUGAGGAUUGGAGUUCAAAACACGCUCGUCUGUUUAGCAACCAGCUUUCAUCCACCACCUGUAAAUAUCUCAUGGACUAGAAACGGAGAAGCUGUGAGUGAUCUGGACGUCUAUGAGACUCAGUAUUACUCUAAUCCGGACUUCAGUUUUCGCAUUUUCUCCUACCUGAACUUCAGCCCUGAGCAAGGAGACAUCUACACCUGUACGGUGAGACACAGGAGUCUGGAACAGGGAAUCACCAGAUUCUGGGAAGUGAACACUCCAGAAGAUCCUCAGGAGGUGGAAACCGCAGUGCUCGUAGUCGGGAUUAUUGUCGGCUUUAUUGGACUGGUGGCUGGAAUCAUGGUGAUCGUGAUGAGCAAGUUGGAGCUGCCGGCUGUAUGAUCAUUUAUAGACAGCUUCAUGUGUUAACCUGUCAGAGGAACUCUCAAAUACUGCAUUCUGUUCACCUACAUACAGUACACCUGAAAACAUUGAAUAUGAUAUAAUAAUGAAAUUAUACAUGAAUACAUUUUUAAGCAUUUAUACAAAAUCAUUCCGUCAAAUGUCAGACUCACGACUAGUACUGUGUAUACCGUGUAUAAGUAUGUACAUAUGAUGAUGCAAUUUAUUAACUGAUAAUAGAGGUUGACAAAGUAUAUUAAGGUGCUUUACCUGGUUGUAUAUAUGUAAUAUUUAAUAAAUUGUAAAUAUAA